UAUGAAAUGAAACGGUCCAGCGAUUGUAAUCGUUUAAACUUUAAAGAAUUAGCAGUUUUGUCAUAAAUAAACUGUGUGUAUCAAAGAAAAUGAAUAUUUCCAGUUUCUUACAAAAUCCAGCAGAUGCUUGUGAAAUUGAGAUCAUAAACCGUGCUAAAACAUUUGUUUUGCCGGGCAAAUGUUUCGAAAGACGUGCAGCAUGCACUUGGAGACAAGGGAAUAAGUUCUCAAUAUUUUCAAGAAGUCAAGCUACCAGUAAAAGUGCGCCAGCAACGAGUGAUGACAGAAUUCUAAACAUUCGUCAAGAUAUAUUACUUUUCCAUCCAAUUUUACGUAAAUUAGUAAACGAAUCCAACGGAACAUUCUUGUCCCUGCAAACAGCAGCCGAAGCGAAUAAAAAUUUGGAUAACCAUGUUGAAUUUUUGAAGCACUCUCGCCAAUAUCGUUCAAUCAUUCGAGUGUGCAUUGAAAACCUUCAAGAAGCUGCGUCCAAAGAGACCGAUGGCGUUGAAAAGAACAACCUCUUAACUUGUAUAACAAUAUUUUACUCUAUAGAGUGUGUGUGGCACUUGUGCGAGAUCCUAUACGUGGACAAUGUCCCUGGAGAUUAUGUACUACCAUUUUUACUUGAAUGGGUCCGGUUCCACUUUCCAUGCCAUGAGCAGAUGGCGACGCAACUGCUGGAUGCAUGCGAGCGGGGCUCCGAGGAGCACCCGGAGUACUGGGACACUGUCAUUGGCAUGAUUGUGCAGGGGAGAGUGGAUGUGGCACGGGCACUGUUGAAGCUACACUCCGCUACGGAUACUACUGAGUUUAAACUGGUUGAUAACUCUUUAAAAAGUAUGCCAAUUUACAGUGUAUAUGGAGGUCUAUCAACUGGAGAAUUCACAAUAACCUGGAAGCACUGGCAGGCCGAGUGCCGCUCGAAACUGAGCAGCCGGAGUGUCGCCUCACAGAGACACCUAGAACUCAUAAUGAGGCUCGUAACUGGCGAUUACUCUGCAUUCGAGAGCAUCCUAUCCAAAUACGACUCAUGGCUCUACAUUCUCGGCGGUUGGACCGUGUUCACCAUGCCAUGGGCGAAGCGGCACGAGCUGCGCGCCGCCGCCGCCGCGUGCGCCGGCAUGCGCGGGGCGGGGCGCAGCGCGCUGCACGACCUGCUGCGGCCUGCGGUCGAGGGGGAACUGCACCAGGUGAUUCACGAAAUUCAGCAGAUAUCAGAUAACGGUUGGUUCGCGACACAUCUCACAGACAUCCUGUACCACUGUGGCAAACUGAAGAUCUUAGAUAAGCAUCAGACUGACGUGACCAGCCGCCUCCGCGACAGCCUGAUCCUGGAGUACGGCAGCCUGCUCAUGGAGCACGGCUCGCUGUGGAGCUCGGGGCUGUCGUACCUGUGCGCGUGCGCGCCCGAGGGCCCGGCGCGGGCCGAGCUGCUGCUGGCGCGCCUGCCGGUGCCCACGGAGACCAGGGCGCUGCGGGUCGCCGCUGAGGCGCAGAAGUACGGGCUACACAAUGUCGUGCGCUCGAUCUGCCUGUGCGUGGGCGCGCGCCACCUGUCCGCCGGGCGCACGGGCGCGGCGCUGGCGUGGGGCAUGCGCGGCCGCGACUCGGCGCUGUGCGCGCGCGCAGCCGACGCCGCGCUGCGCGCCUACACCGCGUGCGGCCGGCUGCCGGCCCGGGACCUGCUGCCGGCGGCGGGCACUGGGCUCCUGCUGCAUCACAGAGCGCUGCUGUUAGGCAAAUACUGCGACUUCCACAGAUUAUACAAGAACAGGGAAUUCAGGAAAGCUGCCAAGUUGCUCAUAUCCCUACUGGCCUCAAAAAUUGCACCAGACUACUUCUGGGAAACCCUCCUCCUCGACACCCUCCCCCUGCUGGAGUCGGACGAGCCCGUGUUCUCGUCGGCGGACACGUUCGAGAUCAUGUUGUGCCUGGAGCUGCGCGCGCACAGCCUGGCCGGCGAGCGCGCCGAGCUGCUGCGCCUGGCCUGCGCGCGCAACCUGGCCCGCACUCUGCUGCAGGACGUCAAGGAUGAGGAAUGACGGUUGGACCUACACAAGAGUCGCUUGCACUGAGCCGCCUGUCUCUUCCCUUAACCACAGACGAAAGAAUGUGGUACGUCGUCUAAUUGCCAGUUGCACCAUCUGCACUUGACAGUGAUCAACGUCACCUGGCGCACCGCGGAACUUUACUAUAAAAAUUUCCAUACAAUAAAAUUUACGAACUCUUUAACGAUGACAAACAGUUUGGUGCAACCGACCCUAAGUCUUUAUUAGUUAAUUGUUUACCGACUUUACCGUAAAAACACUUCACUAGUUAAAGGUUGAAAUUUUACUGCUGAUUGCCGUUAAUCAGGUCGUCAAGUGUGGUUGGUACAACUGGCCUUUAAUCUGGUGGACUGGUUAGGCAGAUCCACACAGAACGGCCUGCCUCGCACGGAAUUGCCGAGCUCAGUCUGUGUAGAGUAGAUGUGCUUCGUCUGAGGCAAAUGUAUUUAAAUGAAUUUUCACAUAAAUUUUCUCUGUUGAAAAUUUCACUCUAUUGUAUUGUUGACCCCGAUUCGACCCGCAUAGGAAUCAUAAUAUGUGUCCGUAUCUCCUCCCUUCACCCCAUAACCUAUCUUUUUACAUUUAUGAAAAUCAGUUUUGUAGUUCAACUGUACAAAAUUAAAGCAAGUUACUUAUGCAUUUACAUUCAUGGCUAACGCUGGUUUACUAAAUUAAAUUAUAUCAACGUAAUAUGAAACUAAGUUUAACCUUGGGAAGUAUAAUCAGCAAAGCUGUGAUUGUUUGGUAUUAUAGUGCUUUGUACUAGAUAGAUCAACUUGAUUUGGUGCUGUUGACAGCCAAAUGCAGCAGUUGAUCAGAUGUACAGGGGCACGUUAGUUAUUAUGUGUACAGUAUGUGGACUUGUUACUAUAGCUCUUACUUAAUGGAAGUUUCUAAUAAACAAGAAGUUUAAGUUUCUAAUUUCAACUGUCUCAGCACUGUAAGGAGAGCUAAAUUACGUUUUGGGAAACCUCUUUUUUUUUAUUAAGUACUAGCUUUAGCCCACGACUUCGUCUGCGUAGAGUUAGCACUUUGGGUAGCUUAUUUUUUAUCCAAUCUGCUUUUUAUCGAAAUCCCACACAAACUUCCACCCCCCUUUUCAUCCCCUUAUAGGUUGAUUUCUGGGAUAAAAACUACCCUAUAUCCUUUCCCGGGACUCAAAUUAUCUCUAUACCAAAUUUCGACUAAAUCGGUUCAGCGGUUUAAGCGCGAAGAGGUAACACGCAGACACUUUCACAUUUAUAAUAUUAGUAUGGAUUUUUGUAACAGGUACACGUGUUAUGCUUUUCAAUGUUACAGCAAUAGCCUAUGAUGUCAUUUAUUUUGGUAUGUGUAAACAGAUGACAGCUUUAUGGUAGUUAUGAUGAUGUAAAAUUGUAGUCGGUGAUUUGUGUAUUUAGUUUCAGUCAUAUUAAGAUUUCCUUGAGACAUUUUAGUUCUAAUUUUGUGAAUGAAUUUUAUUUAAGUAAGAUGUGUAAAGUUAACUUGUUUCAAACAAUGGAAUGGUUGGUUGUAUAUUGUUGUAUGUGAAAUAAAUUAAUAUUUUUUGU